AUGGCUGGGAAAGCGGUGAAUGGCACCUCGGAUGAUGGCGAGAGGACUGGGUCGGUGACGAGGAGUGUGCGUGGGCAUGGGAAGAAGGGCAGCGCGGCUUCGGCUUCUGUGAAUGGGAGUGGAAAAUCGAGGUCUAGGUAUGCAAAGAAGGCUGCUGCGCCGAGCCCUAUCGUGACGCAAGAGAUGAUAGAGGCGGAGAGGGCGCUGUUGCUGGCGGAGAAACAGGCGCAGUUGGAGGAGGUGCUGGAUAGACAUGAUGACCUCAUCCGAGAAUGCUUUCAUAUGGAGCAUUUCAGAUUAAUGGCCUCGUUCAACCCAGUGGAAUCCAAACAGGAUAAUUCGCCUGUUUUCAGAGAGUAUAAAUCCAAAUAUGACUUGGUCCAACAUGCUGCUCCUAUUGCGGGCCCAUCACGUCAAACACGCAGGGCUCACAACGAACGUCAAAAGGCUCUCACCGCAACACCCUCGAUAUCUGCGCCUCCUGCUCUCAGUACGUCAAAGAAGCAGAAGAAGAAACUAAAGCCCAAGGCUCCUAAUACAGCUGCAAUAUGGGAUAUUCUCAGCGCUGCUCGUGAACAAGCGAGAGGGAGAGGAAAGGGAAAGGGGAAGGAAAAAGAGCUUGAACCAGAACCAGAACCAAAAUCCGAGUCUGAGUCAACACCAACACCAGAAUCAACACGGCCACCCGAAUCAGAACCACCACCUGAAUCAGCGUCGGCACCUGAAUCGACACAAGUGCCAAAAACAUUACCAGAACUAGAACGAGGUUUAACACCAAAAACACCACCAGAACCAGAACAACCUCCAGCUCCAGAAAUAACACCAGAAUUCGCGCUAGAACCAGAAUCAAAGUUAUUAGAAUCCCAGGCUGUGUCUGAUGAUCUUCCUACCACCGAAUUAGAUCACGCUGAAGAAGUGCUUGAAGAAUCCAUCUCUAUCGUAGCUACGCCAAGGAACGGUAGACGCCCAUCUCCCUUUACCACCGAAUCAGGUGCCGAAGAAGUGCCCGAAGAAUCUAUCUCUAUCUUAGCCACGCGAAGGAACGGCAAACGCCCAGCUUCCGCUUUAGAGAGUACAACUCAAGUUGCAAAACGGCAUAAGGCUGAUAGGAAGGUCGUGUUCGAUGACAAGGAGCAGCCAUGUCCUCCCGUUGAAGAAUCUAUAAGUGUGGGGUUGGCGCGAAGGAGCGGGAGAUUGAAAGAUAUUGCCGUUGUGCAACCGCCACUUGCCAAGAAAUCACGUUCUGCUCCAGCAUUUCGCCCUUCUGAGAUACCGCCUCCUCAGACCCCGCAGGAGACAAAAGUCGCACCGACCUCAUUAACUCCGACAUAUAAUGUAAAACGAAUAAAGCUCAUAGUUCGACGACCGCCCUAUCAAGUCACAAAUCCUCUUCAGCGACCAAUCCCUCCAAAAUUCAACAACUCGCUAUAUGGCUUCCUUUCCUCGUAUAACAUUCUUGACGACAAAGAAGUCAGUGUACAAAAGAUAAAUAAACUAGCUUUGGCAGAGGCAGCAGUCCACGAACGUGUCGAGAAGUUUCGAAAAGACGGCCGCUUCAUCCCAGGGACGGACGCACUCUUUGGCACCAGACCAGAGAAGUUGGUGUACAUCACGCCAAAGCGUGUCUCGCGUGAUGCAUGGGAUGAUGUUGUGGAGGCUGUUAUAGCGUAUGGCAAGUCGAGGUCGAAGAAAUCUUCUGGGCGAACGGUAGCAGGGCAGGUGGCCAAUAAAAUACAAGGUUAUUGGGAUGGGCAGGAGGCGAGGAAGGAUAAGGCUCGGGUUCAGGAGGAACGUAGAUUGAGGGCGUUGGCAAAGUCGACGAUUAGGCAGGUGAUUGGGGAGUGGAAAAAGGCUGUUUUCCAUAUUCGAGAACAAGAGAGGAUGAAGCUUGAAGCUGAGGAGCUGAAACGAGGGCAUGCGCAUCUAGAUGCCAUCCUACAUCAGUCGGGACACAUUUUGGAAACUCAGCAGGGUGAUCUCGCACGAGGGGAGAUGCUUGCCUCGCGAAGCCGCUCAAGCAGUGUUUCUGACCGUUUUCGAGAUUGGGGGUCGGAUGAGGAGGAAGAGGAGGAGGAAGCCGAUGAUGGUCAAGAGGAGCAAGGCGAGGAAGAGGAAGAGGAGGAGAAGGGCCCUGAACCGGUGCUGGAGGGGGAAGAAGACGUUGUAAUGGGCGGAUCGGAUGAUGAGGCUCAGUCCUCUAUGCUGCUGCCAAGUCAAAAAGUCACUCGUACCUUGACGCCCUCCAGUACCACAUCAGGUCCUCCAGAAGAAGAAGACGCAUCGACUGGACAACUUUUGCCUGACGAACAACACCGUACAACACCGUCAGACGAUGAGUCGUCGAUUGCUUCACUGGACGAUCUAAUGAUUCCAGACCCUGAGAGCUCUCCGCGUCAGAUACACUCAAACCUUGUGCUCAACCUGACGGACUACCCAGACUCCGACUCAUCGCCUUCAACUCCUCGACCCCUGCCCUCAGAAGAAGGAGGUGAAAUGUUGGAUGAGCCUGAGCUCCCGCGUGCUACUUCUGUCUCAUCAUCUCGUCGCACUCCUACCUCUUUUGUAGCGGAAACCCCCGCCGAUGAGCCUGAUGUGCCUAUGAAUAAGCCAGACGUUGAGAUACCUUCACCCUCGAGUCCAGGCGUUGGUCCCAGUGUAGCGCUGGACAAUCAGGAUCAGGAUGUCGAAACGCUUGACAGAAACGAGCCCUUACCCUUCGCGGGUGAAGAAAUCCCAGAUUUACAACCUGAGGCCAAGGCUGAAAUAUUUGAAGAGAUUCAGGAGGAUGAACUGGAUGCAGAGGCGCCGGAGUUGCAGAUUCCUGCGUACCUCAAGCCAUACGCCGUCGCACCUGUGGAUUGGGAUCCGUCUGCCAAGAUUUUGCCUCCCCUCCUGCUUCGUGGCACACUACGGCCGUACCAACAAUCUGGAUUGGAAUGGCUUGUCAGCCUUCAUACGAGGAAUCACAAUGGUAUACUUGCGGACGAAAUGGGUUUGGGGAAAACCAUUCAAACAAUUGCGCUUCUUGCACACCUUGCUUGUGACCGUGGUAUUUGGGGACCUCAUCUUAUUAUUGUGCCCACCAGUGUUCUCCUGAAUUGGGAAAUGGAGUUUAAGAAAUUUCUGCCAGGGUUUAGAAUCCUAAGUUAUCAUGGAUCUACCAAAAGAAGAAAAGAACUUCGCCAAGGGUGGAACGAUAAAAGCCAUUUCAAUGUUUGCAUCACAUCAUACACCCUUGCAAGCAAGGACGCCCAUAUCUUCAAACGCAAAGCUUGGUAUUAUAUGAUUCUUGACGAGGCGCACAUGAUCAAGAACUUCAAAUCGCAGCGAUGGAACAUUCUGCUGAUGUUCAGAUCAUUUCGACGUCUCCUCUUGACUGGUACACCCUUGCAAAACAACCUCACUGAGCUUUGGGCGCUGUUGCAGUUUCUAAUGUCAGGGUCUAACUUUGCCAAUGUUAAAGAGUUUGCGCUUUGGUUUUCUGCGCCUUUGGAAGCUGCUAUUGAAAGAGGGGGAGCCUUGGAUGCGGACACAACGGAACGAAUUUUAAAGCUGCACACUGUUUUGCGGCCGUAUCUCCUUCGUCGGAUGAAGCGAGACGUCGAGAAGGAGCUUCCAAGCAAAUACGAGCAUCUGCUCCUUUGCCCGCUAUCGAAACGUCAGAGAUUCUUGUACGACGAAUUCAUGUCUCGUGCACAAACUCGAGAAUCGCUGCAAUCAGGAGUAUACCAAAAGAUUGCAAAUAUUCUGAUGCAGCUGCGCAAAGUUUGCAAUCAUCCAGACCUCUUCGAAGUUCGACCCAUUGUGACCUCCUUUGCUAUGCCACGGUCGGCCAUAGCGGAUUUCGAAAUCAAAGAGUUGUUGAUUCGUAAACGUCUGCUCGCUAAUGAUGAUGAUGAGAACAUCAACCUGGAUUCUCUCGGUUUUCGUUUCAUCGAUAGGCAAGACGAGCCCUUGUUGACUGCCCUAGAGACAAAACGCCUCGAUGCAACAUCCCAUCUACCACACUUCCUUGAUACUCCAGGAGAGCCACCCCCAAAGGACACUCGUACUAUCGCCGGAUUCCGCCGUUACUCGGAAUAUUUGCAACGGGCUAACACCAUUGCCCGUUGGUCGCAGAUUGGACAUCUCAACCGCCUUCGCUGUAACCAAUUCCCCAUUUAUGGUCAAGAGUGUAUCACGACGGUGCAAAAGAUGUGCAGACCAAUCAUUCCUCUAUCCGACCUCGACGUUCGCUUCAAUCAUCUGGAUACUGUCUAUUCAGUAAACGCAGCCGUCAAGUCAUAUGUUUCGCGGGGACAAGAGAUGGCUGGUUUGAUCGAAAGGUUUGCCUUUGUUACUCCGCCUGUUGUGGCGUUGGAUAUGCCCCAGAUCGUGCUCUCUGGUCACGAAGAGCUGCUUGUCAGCCAACCGCCAUCAUUCGAUGAUCUCCUUCAUCACGCCAGCGUCAAACUCCAAAUUGCCUUUCCACAUCCAAGUUUGCUGCAGUAUGAUUGCGGAAAGCUUCAGGAGUUGGCGAAUCUUUUACGUGAUAAGAAGGCUGGCGGCCACCGUGUCCUAAUCUUCACUCAAAUGACCAAGAUAUUGGACAUCCUGGAAAUAUUUCUGAAUUUCCAUGGGUAUUUGUAUCUUCGACUUGACGGUGCUACUAAGAUUGAGGACAGGCAGUACAUUACUGAGCGCUUCAACGCUGAUCCAAGGGUAUUUUGUUUCAUCGCGUCUUCAAGAUCAGGUGGCGUUGGCAUCAAUUUAACGGGCGCUGAUACCGUGGUCUUCUAUGAUAGUGACUUCAAUCCUCAGAUGGAUAGGCAGUGCGAGGAUAGAGCUCAUCGUAUUGGUCAAAUCCGUGAUGUUCACAUUUACCGCUUUGUCUCACAGCACACCGUCGAGGAAGCGAUGCUCCGUAAGGCUAACCAGAAACGAUCAUUAGACGAUAUCGUCAUACAGAAGGGGGAGUUUGAUUGGCGCUCUCUUUUCAAUGAUGAGGGCGCCUUGACCGCAGCGCUUGGUGAUUUCGAAGACGCUGAAGAUGCUCAUGCUGCUGCUGUUGCUGCGAAGGAAGAAAAUGCAAUGGAAGGCGCUGAUGAGGAGGAUUUUGCCGAUACUGCUGAUGCCGCUCCACCAGUUCCUGCGCCUGACACUGCAACUGUUUCACCUCCAGAAAAUGAACCUAAUCAGGAUGGCACUGUCAAUGCUGAAGGAGAGGAGGAUCAAGAGGAGGAGGAGGAGGGCGGUACCGUUGUCGAUUAUCUCCUCACGUUCGCCCAGCGCGAUUGGGAAUUUUUCAAAGAAUGGCGACUGUAG